CAUUUCCCUUUUCCUUAACUAUCUUUGGCUACAACGGCUAUUUUUUUUUUUUUAUUGUUUUCAAAGUUUAACGUUAUUUCAUUAAAUUGUGUCUUUACUGUAACGAUUGACACGACCCAAAGAUGUCCCUCAGAAUAUAACUACUAUCGCGGUCUAAUCUUGUUUUUAGCUAACUGGUGCUGCCAUACAAAGAGGAUGAGUGCAGGAGUCCAGCAGCAGUUGUAUUUCCUGACCCUCCCAGACCUGAAGAAGCUGAUCAGUGUGACUCUGACUCUGCCGGAGGACGAGGAUCUGAGGAGCAGACAGAUCAAGACCAGCAGAGAGCUGAUUUUGCUGUACUCUGAUAUUCUGGCCUCUCCAGCUCUGGACUCCUUGAGUGAAAUCACAGUGGUCAUGGCUAUCCCGUUUUUCCAGAAAGGCAUCGUUCAGAUGUUUGCUCAGAGACGCAGUCUGCAGCUGAGCUCCUCUCAGUGUGUGUUUCCAGGUGUCCUCCAGUGCUGUGUGUCCUACUCUCUGAUCACCAGACUGGCUCCCAGCUGGAAUAAAGCAGGACUCUACCUCAUUGCUGGAAAAGACUUCCUGACGGAGAGCGGGAGGCUCAACGCUGUCAGCAUGGAGCUGAGCACCAGCGAGGGCCAACUUUGCAUCAGUAUCGUAGCCAACACAGUCAGACUGCCACCAACCACACUGGAGGACUUUGACCUCCCUCCGUUAGUUUUGAGGCGGUUCUGCAGCGAUCCUCACUUCGUCCUCGACCCCUCCUCCACCGGAUCAGCCAUCUGGUGUCACGUCCUGCCCAGCAUGAAGAAAGGUCAGAUUAUCACCAUCACCCGUCAGCUGCCCAGAGACGGACCAUUCAGGACCUACAGAGACCUGCAGAACCACUGGAACCGCCUGUAUGGUUACAGACUCCCUGAGCUUGCAGAAGAACAGGCGGUGUACUGCAGCGUCUACUUCAAACUGGUGGGCCAGAGACUCUUCACCUACCCUCUGAGCUGUGUCCGCCUGCAGCCGGUGCAGCGCUGCCCCCGGGUCGACCUGCAGGGGGCGCUGGGCCCCUUCCUGUCCCACAUCAGGGACCGGCUGCAGAGUGUCUGCGGCUUUCCUGCACGUCUGACCGGAAAACCCCGUUACCCCACAGCCAGCCUGAGCAUGGCUGCAACGGUGCAGGUGAUGAGCGGGGAUCAGAUCAAUUUGAGCACCUCUUCCUCUGUCCGGCCGGUCCUCACCACGCUGCCUCCGGUUCCCCGACCGCUGAAGCCCUACUUCGGCUCACAGCCUCCGGCCCAGACCCCUCUCUCCCAGCGGGACGGGGCCCAGGGGAUUCUGGGUAACGGGUGUGGACUUGGGGGACGACUGACGCAAAGUCAAGGCUACGGAGGCGACGGAGACCGGCCUUCAUUAGUCUCCUCUUCCUCCUCACGCGUUUCUUUUUCCUUUUCUGAUUCUUCGGGUUACCAGACAGCUUCAUCCCUCUCCUCUUCCUCUUCCUCUUCUCUCUUCCAGCCUACUUCAUCCCUCUCCUCUUCCUCUUCCUCUUCCUCUUCUCUCUUCCAGCCGGCUUCAUCCCUCUCCUCUUUCUCUUCUCUCUUUCAGCCAGCUUCAUCCCUCUCCUCUUCCUCUUCUCUCUUCCAGCCAGCUUCAUCCCUCUCCUCCUCCUCUUCUUCCUCUUCCUCUGUCCUCCACCCUCUUCCUCCCCCUCCAACCCCGGUGGUCCCGGCCCUCAAACUGGUUCCCAUCUUCAGGAACAAGUGUCCGUCUCACCACAUCAACAUCGCCCAGCUACGCGCCCAGAAGCAGAGGGAACAGCUGAGCGAAAGAGGGGAGGAAAGGGGGAGGAUGACGUUACCUGCCUUUAUGAAGAAGACCCCCACCACUGCUUCCUCUUUUUCGUCUUCUGCUUCUGUUUUGUCGGCUGCGUCUCUCACCGUUCCUCGCUUCAACCGUCGGCCCAAACCUCAGGGCAGCGCCGCUCCUCAGCCAACGGCGGCUCGCCCCAGACUCAACCACGUAUUCAGCCUCAGCCCCGCGUCCAACUCUAAACCCGGCGUCAUCCUCACUCCGAAGCCAGCGAUCAAGCUCAAGCAGAAACCCAAGCCCAGCGGCGCCCAAACCAGCGUGACGCUCAACUCUGAAGGCAACGCCGCUGCUGCUAACUCCGGUAAAGUUCAACCCUCAGCUGCACCGCUGAAAUCUCCUGAAAUCUCCAACAAAGACGCCUCCAACAGCAGCAGCAAAGAGGGAGUUGCGUUUGAGUCAAAGCCGAAGAAAUCCAAAUCUGCGGUACGAGACGUGGACGUGGAGCAAAUGGCCAGAAGCAACCAGUUGUCCAAGGUGAACUCUGUGACUCUGUUGGCCUGGUUGAGAGGAAGAGGAGUUCCCGUCAGCGGCAAACACAGGAAGGAGGAGCUGAUGCUGAAGGUUAUGGCCUGUCUGGCCGAAGCCUGAAACACACACACACACACACACACACACACUCAGAGACACACACACACACACACACACACACACACACACACACACACACACACACACACUCAGAGACACACACACACACACACACACACACACACACACAGACUUACUCUGGAGUAUUAACGCUGUGCUCAGCUCCUCGUUUAAGGGUUGGAUGUUAAAUCUGGCCGCGUUAUCGUCGUGUCUCGUCCUCGCUAAUUGAGAUUCUGAAGAUUUGCCAAAAUGAAAUUCUCGAGUCAGGUAAAAGUCACACAGAAAGUACAAAGUUAAAUCCAGACAGUUUUUCUCUCCCGUCUCCUUCGGGUUUGUCCGUAGAUUGUUUAAGUUGGAAAACGUUUUUCACACAGCUUUAACUGUCUGCCAUUUAUCAAAUAAAAGUUUCUGCAUUUCUGCUGCAGGUUUAGUUUGUUAAUACAGGAAGGAUUUCAUGUUCUGUCUUUAGUUAUCACUUUAAAGACACACACACAUACACAGACACACA